AAUAGGUAACUGGAUAUUUUAUUGACCUAGGGUAUAUAGGGUAUCACGGAUUUACAGGUACGCCAGUCUCAGCGAAUAAUUUCACUAGAAUAUUGUUAUAGAAGAGGACUGCAGUUAUGUAUCUAUGCAGAGUGCAAUAGUUGAUCAAAAUUUAUUAAAUGUUGCGAAAUUUUGACAAAUAAAAGAAGCAUCAAUGUCAGAUGGAUAUAGUAAUGUAGUUAAGAUAGAGAGGAAAGAUUCUGUGGAGAACAGUGUAUGGGUCUUAGUAAAUAAAAAAUAAAAAAAAACUGAAAAAAGGGAGGACUCAAGGUAGAUGCUGCCUUGAAAGAAGUUGAGGUACAAACUUUUACCUGAAUCUAAUGAGAGUAGAUAAGACGCCGAUACAUUUGAGAACACUGCUCUAAACCAUCUAGAUAUAUAGCAACAAACCACACAUGACGAUAUAUUUCUUAUUAGUGUAAAGAAAAGGACAUGAGACAGGACGUGGAGCAAGACGGGCCUUGAGUCAGGCACAUCACGGGAAGGUGUGUCAUCACCAGCGACAGUUAGUUCGUUCGUCUUGUAUCUUUCCCCUUACUUGCCUCGUUGGUGUGUUACUUCUCUUUCCAUCAUGUUCUCCUCGGGUCCUAACUACACCAAGCUGAAGACCAACCUGCGGCUCAGUAUCAACAGACUCAAGUUGCUGGAGAAGAAGAAGACGGAGUUAGCGCAGAAGGCGAGGAAGGAAAUUGCUGACUAUCUAUCCACGGGCAAGACAGAGCGUGCCAAGAUCCGAGUGGAACACAUAAUCCGUGAAGACUACUUGGUGGAAGCCAUGGAGGUCACGGAGAUGUAUUGUGACCUCUUGCUAGCUCGAUAUGGUCUUAUCCAGCAAAUGAAAGACUUGGAUGAGGGAUUGGCAGAGGCUGUCUCGUCACUCAUCUGGGCUGCUCCAAGGCUCCAGACAGAUGUAGCUGAACUGAAGGUUAUUGCUGACCAACUCACUCUCAAGUUUGGCAAACCCUAUGGCCAGGCAUGUCGUGAGCAGCAGGUGACCACCAUCAGUGAGCGACUCAUCCACAAACUGAAUGUGCAGGCACCGCCAAAAGUGCUGGUGGAGAAGUACUUGAUAGAGAUUGCCAAAAACUACAAUGUUGAAUAUGAACCGGACCCUCAGGUGAUGCGGGAAGAAGAGUGGGGCAAGGAGCCUCUCAUCAGUCUAGAUGAAAAGAACAACUUUGACAAUGAUGGAGCAGGAGCUGGAGGUGGAGGGAGUGGAGUAAACAUUGCCCCAGCAGCAGGAUUUAUAGGCUACCCUCCUCAGCCCAUGCCCCAGCAGCCCUUUGUUUACCCUACACCGGUGCUGUUUCCAUCCCAAAUGCCUCAUGAGGCUCCAGCAUUGCCUGCCAAACUACCACCGCCAGAACCACAGUCUUCUUGGGUAUCUUCCCUGUCUCCUGCUUCACCCUUGCAACCCUCUUGUGAAGAUUCAAGAAUACUGGUUGGAGGAAAGAUGCAGGUGCCUUCUCUCCUGCUCACCAAUCCACAGUCCCUUACCAACUGCUUUGAAGAAUUCAAGGAGGUUGUGACAUGUCAUAAUCCAGAUAUUGUUGUCGUCAGUGAAACAUGGUUCAGUGAAACACGUCCAGCAGCGCAGCACAACCUUGCUGGCUACAAGCUGUUUCAUGAUGACCGGGAGGGACGGGGCGGUGGAGUAGCUGUGUAUGCACGGCAGAGCCUUAACCCACGGGAAGUACAGCUAAAGGCACCCCCUGAGCUGGAGUGUGUGUGGGUGGCAGUGGAUGGGGGAAUGAUGGUGUGUGGCCUGUAUCAUGCUCCCCGAGCACCCACUGGACCUGCCCUCAUGGACCAGAUUGUCAAUUGUGUGGUAGACAUACGCAGUCACAACCCAUCAAUGGUGUUUGCUGUGGCUGGAGAUUUUAAUAACUUGCCACAUAAUCGUUUAUGUGCCUGCCUGAAUCUGACCAACCUAGUGCAGGAGCCAACGCACCUCAACUCCACAAUCGAUCUAGUCCUUACGGACGCUGCUGGAGCUUUUGAGCGGCCAAGGCUGCUGCCACCCAUUGGCCGUAGCCACCACAGCUGUGUGCUGGUGACUCCUAAAACCUACCAGGGUGCAGGAGUUUUGGAUCUCAACUUACCCAAUGUUCCUGGACAGCCAGUUCAUCCCCAACCAGGGAUGCCUGCAGGUAGCUUUAAUAUCCCUCCCUGUGGCCCACCACCUGCUGAUUCUUCUGCUGAUGCUCUUCCUGAGAAGAUCACUAAUAACAUGCAGGAUUUUAGUGGGAGUGGGCAGUGGAAUGACCCAAUGGGAAUGAAGAAUUCCCCACCUCCUUAUUCAUCCAUCCCACCCAUGGGCCACACCAGCAACACUACCCCUGCCCCCAAUGCUCCAUACCCCAGCAUGCCUUAUGCUGGCCUCCAGGGGCCUCGCCCUCAGUUCCCUCCUGAUGUUGCUACAGGAGGAGAAAACCUUAAGGAUGGGGAGCAGCCCAAGCCAGCACCACGCUCCAAGUUUGGUGAGGGUGGGUCAGACUUCACUAUGCCUGAUCUCCCAAGUGUUCCUGAUCUACCAGGCACAGGCACCCUCCCAGAGCCACAGGACAACAAGGAUGACAUAGACUUUGAUGACCUCACCAAAAGAUUUGAAGAUCUAAAGAAGAAGAAGUAAAGAACAAAGGCAGUGCUGUUUCAUGUCUCUAUGGUGAGGCAACAUCUGGACUACCUCUACCUUUUCAGGGGAGGUCUUAACUUAGUAUGAACAGGUAUAUACAUACUGGUAUAUAGCAGGCAGAGAUCAUUCUUAAAGUGAGGAUAAAAUGCAGAGAGAAUGAGUCCCAACCCUCUCACUGUUUGUUUUAGUUCUCUUUUACUGUACAUUGAUGAUACCAUGGAAGUACUCUUUCAACCUGGUUCUGGAAUGUGUGGCCAGGUUGCCCCCUCUCCCAGAGGUUAGUUAGGUCUAUGUUGAAUUUAAAUGUUGGAGUAGUGAAUACAGUGAAGUCAGAGAUUUUAUAGUAUUUCUUGAAGCAAAUAAUUGUGAACCGUCCAGAACGUUACACCUCAGGUCAUGAUAAUGCAUUAGUAACCAUAGAGUAUCACCUUUUAGGUUUUCAAAGAAAGAGCAACUGUGAUGUUGAGUUGAAACACUUAAUUUGUUUUAUCGUUCGUAAAGAAAGGAUGGAGGUAUUUUCAGGAGUCAUCUGAGUGGGAACAUUUGAAGAGAGAAGUCAGUUAGGUAUUGACAGGUAUAUAUUGUUCUGAAAUACUUGAUAGACACAGUAGUUCCCCUGGCACUCAGUUACAGGUGAUGCAAACUAUCUUAUUACUUUUAUUUUAUUCACUUUGUGUUAAAGUAAUGCUGGACCUUCAGAAAAGUAGUGGUAGUUGUAAUGUCCUACCUAAUGGAUGAGUGAGAUGAGACUAGAGUAAGACAGUUAGUUGGUGGUACACAUAACUGAUCUUUUCUAGUCAAAACCUCUUUUUGAAUGAACACGGCUUUAUUGUGAGUAGAACUUUAAAGUGUUAGUGGUUAUACCUCCAUUGAAGUAUGUGUGAUAAUAUCAGGGUGAGAAGAAACCUAAGGUGUGUAUCAGGACUAACUCUGCUUCAUUUAGUAUUCAUUGACAAAAAUGUCCACCAAUGUUUGUGAUGGAUCACUGCUAUUGUACCACCCCAUAUUUAAUUUCAAUGGCAAGGUCAUAUAAUUAAAACUAUAAAGUGAUGCUGCAUCUUUUAAUGUAUGAGCAACUUAAAGUAGUUAGUCCAGUGAGAUGUACAAAUGCAUUGUAAGGACAGGUAAGGUGAUGGAAAACUAUUUCUGCUGGCUACUCAAGACUUUGAUGUAAUCAAACUAUAGGAUUCAUUCUCAGUUCUGUUGAUAUUUAACUGGUGAAUUGAUAAGCUCAGCCUGCAUUUAGUCUUGAUCAUGCAUAACUAACAUAAAUUUCAACCCAUACUUCAAUGAAAUUGUGAAAAGCAAUUUUCUUGGGGAAUCAAUAUUGUUACCAAAUGCAGCUCACAUCUGACUAAAAAUACUUAUACUUCAGGUAUAAUUAUUCAAUUAGCUUAAAAUGUAAUUACAAUUUUAGUUUUGUAGUGGCACAUGUCUACACCUUAUGAAUCCAUGUUGUAUCUUAUACAAUACAACAUACAUAAAAAGGUGCCUACAAGUCUCAAAUUUGCAAGAUGUUUACAUUUGAUAAUCUUUAAAUUCUGAGUCAGCAAUAACUUUGUUUCCUAUAGAAAAUCAAGUUGUAUUAAUGCAAAUGGAGGCAAGGUUUGCAUGGCUUGGUAAGGGAAAUAGGCAGCUUGCAACUUAUGAACAAGGAAGAAUGUCAUACAGUUACAUAUAUGCUAAGUUAUGUUCAUUUCUGUGUUUGUGGGAUUAAGAAACAAAAGAGGAUUCAGUGUUGCUUGCUUGUUAGUUUAAAUCUUGUGCCUUUGUUUUUAAAUGUUUAAAUCAUAAAAAUAGAUAUGCAGUCAACUUUUCAUACAAUAAUGUUCUUGUUUGUAGUUCACUUAUGAAACAAGUUGCAACCAUCCAGAAUUCAAAAUUCCAAAUUACUGAAAAUUACAAUUUCUUUUUAUAUCAGAACUUUCAUUAAAAGUUUACUUGCAAAAUGUAUAGUAUUUUAAAUUUAUGAUUGGCUUUCUGAAACUCUACUUUAAGGAAAGGUGUGUGUUUUCCAAAUACCAAGAAAAAUGUGAAUCUGGAAUUGUACUUUUAAGCCCAAGCAUUGUGCAUUAAGUAUUAUCAGCUUUUAUUCAUUAUGUUGUCUUGAACCAGUGAACCAGUCUUCAGACUAAUGACUACUGUGCAAAAAGUUUGGUGUGAAAAACAUUUCAUGUUCCUACUAGUGACAAAAAAGUUUGGUGUGAAAAACAGUUCAUGUUCCUACUAGUGAC